AUGAAGAGGAACUUCAAUAGUGCCGUCACACUACGCGAGAAGUCCAGUGGCCGAUUACUAUAUUCGAUCCCGUCAUUAGCGCGUAUAGUUUACGUCAGCAGCUACAAGAAGAAGCCGGAGCCAGACAGAACCAAGACUAGUGCUAGAGCUCCUCUGUCAUUGAUUGAAGUAGCUUCAUCCAUAAAAAUUCCAACCAAAGUUAGUCAGAUAAUCUCAUCCAUCAUCCUCAGCCAAAAUGAGCCACAUUCUCGGUCUCAGUUUGUAGGACUGGAUGCGCACAAGACAGACAUGAUGGUCAUCGACUCCAUUCGCAUCACAACCACAAGAUACGUGUUUUUCCUCGGAGUUCAGGGCAAGGAACACAUCGAAGACAUCAGCUCAGCGAUUCCGUCUCAUAACGAGAAUGACGCAGAUACUAUAUUUGUAUCUAGCAACCUUUUAUCUGUCAACGGACGCCAUACGUCUAAUAAUAUCCAGUGUUCAGAAUUAACAAGCUACUUCAAAAUACUUGAUCCUUUGGGUGGAGGUUCGUAUCCACUAGACUAUUUGGUUAUAAUAGACGGUAAUGAUCAAGUCAGAUGCAAAAUUCCGUUAGUGAUCAAUAACCAAAAUAUAUUUCAAAGAACUCUCAAUGCCAGAAAGGAUAGAAGUGGAAUAUCUACACACUUGACGUUUGGAAUCAGUCUUGAUCAACUAGCCGGGUUCCUAGAAGAAUACAAUCAAUACUUUGCGAACCACGGUUCGUAA